AUGGAUGCUCAAGAGGAAUGUCCUUGCAAGGGCAAUGCGCCCAGCUACCAAGUCUGUGCCGCACUCUUAUGUUUCUCUCUCCCUAUCUCCCCCGACAAUAGCAACACAACACUCCAGAACAGUCGUCCUGCCUCAAACCGCGGCGUCAAUUCGCUCUUGAACAAAACGUGCCAAAACCAAACGACCAUUCCGUGGAUCCCCCACCAGUCCCGCACCGCCAGAUUUGGUCUGACCAGUAUGCAAGGCGACGCCCGCGUCGAAAACAAAUUGGGCUCGACUUUGGUUCAACCCAUGCAGGGGACCAAUCAGGGCCCGCCCCGCCCACAGACAGAAUUGCUCAUGCACGAUGAUGUAUACCUGGCACUGCCCCAAGACCCCAUACAGCACGGCCCGGCAACGUGUAAAGGCUGCACCGAAAACAAAGGAGGGCGACCGUUUGAUGUUUGGAAGAUUCGUGAGGGAAAUGACGACUGUUCCCGACGUGGCCAAUAG